UUGUAAAUUUAAAUUGCAGUGUAAUGUUUGAGCGAUCAUAUACGAAAUUUGGAUACCUUUUGCAAAAAAAAUUCCCAGUGUUAGGUAGUGAAAGGAUUUUGCGGAAGGGUGAUUGUAAGGAGAAAAAAAGCACUUUAUUUUGUGUAUAGGGUUAGACAACUUGUAUAACAGUUAAGUAAUGAAUUAUGAACAAAUUACAUAAAAACAAGAAAUAAAUUGAAACAAAAAGAAUGAAACAAAAGAAACAUACAACGAAAGAAGAACAUGAUUGAAACAUGUGCUUAAAUAAUACAUAAAAUAAUAAUAAAUGAAUGGUGCUGUGUUUGUUAAUCAUUUAAUUAUUUGUGAAAAUGUCGAAUCGAUCACGUCAACUGGAAUUAGGAAUGUAUGGUGCAGAGGAUAUUAUACAACAACCGAGUCGUUGUUCUAGAUUUUUAUAUUAUACAUGGAAAUUAACCACGUGUAUAUUUUCACAUACGUUACUUAUUUCAAUGGUUGUGGCUUAUUGUAUUUUUGGUGCAUAUACAUUUGGUCGAUUGGAAGCUGAUAAUGAGAAAAAAGUGAAGAGAAGUAUCUCAAAAAUACGUAACAAUGUUACGGAGGAUAUUUGGAACAUGACAAUUAAUGGAGAUUUUUUAAGAAUGGAAAAUUGGACAGACUUUGUCAUUAAACGCUUAUCCAUUUUUGAAAAGGAUAUUUUAAAAGCGAUAAAAAAAGACGGUUGGGAUGGUAAUGAAGAUGAGAAUGCCAUACAAUGGACAUUUUCUGGAGCAUUAUUUUAUUCUAUUAUUGUGAUUACAACUAUUGGUUAUGGACAUAUUGCACCCAAAACACAUUGGGGUAAAGUGGUCACCAUAUUUUAUGCCAUCUUAGGUAUACCGCUAAUGCUCUUAUGUCUAUCAAAUAUCGGUGAUAUAAUGGCAACAUCAUUUCGAUUUUUAUACUGGCGGGUAUGUUGUUAUGUUUGCACAAAAAAGCCAAAACGUCAUUCAAGACGUGGUUUACGAUCAGGCCGUAGUUCAGUGCGUAUGUCCAGAAGUGCUUCGUACAAUGCAGCAAGGGGUAAAAAUGCGUCCAUUCGUCGUUCAGCAAGAAUUUCUCAACGAUCGGCUGAUAGUGGAUUAUAUUCUGAUAAUAAGUCAUCAUAUUCUGAUACGGAAUGCAGAUAUAAUGGAAUGGAACGUGGUGGUGAACCUCGUUCCGUACAACGUAUUUUACGCCGUUCACAAAUAUCUCGUUUCUCUGAUUCAUCGGUACCAGCAAAUAAACGUGCAGCAAUUGCAAAUACUGUAUCAAGGACAAUAUCACCAGCAGAAAUGGCAAUGAUGUCACCACAACCAGCAUCCUAUAAUAAUCGACGUGGUGGUUCUUUAGAUCGUCCACGUCGUGGGGUUGUUGGAGGUGGUGGUGAUCGUUUCAUUGGCGGUGGUGGUAAUAUUGAACCACUACGUACAAAUACACAAACAUUAGUUGAUCAAGCUACUGUAGCUCGUACACCAAUUUUAUGUAAUAAAUAUGCUGUUGAUCACGUGGAACAGCAGCACGUACCAAUGAAAAAACAACACCGUAACAACAUUCAAGAUGAUGAUAAUCAAUUUAGUGAAGAUGAAAUUGAAGAUAUACGUCCACAAAAAUCAACAAGAAGAGCCCAAUCAUUACCACGUACUCAAGCUUAUUUGGAACCGCCAGAUAUAGAGAUUGAAUAUGAGGAGAAUUUCAAUAGGAGAAGAGACAGGCGUCGAGGAGGCCAUCACCAUCAUCACCAUCAUAAUCCAAGUCCACGGAUAAUGUCCCCAAUGGGCUUCGCUGUAUCACGUCAAUACUACGAUGAUUACUUCGAUGACGAUGAAUACUUUGACGAUAUGUUCUACUCUGGCAGUAAUGGUGAACGUCGUAUAAAACCUGUACCAAUAUGGUUAUGCGUAUUCUUGGUUGUGAGCUACAUAUUAGGUGGAGCAUUUCUAUUUAUGCGAUGGGAAACAUGGGCAUUCUUGGAUUCAGCAUAUUUUUGUUUUAUUACGUUAACAACAAUUGGUUUCGGGGAUUUUGUACCAGCAAAACGUGUUAAACAGAAUGCGGAAGUUAGUAUUGCACUGUGCUCGUUGUAUCUGUUAUUUGGUAUUGCAUUGUUGGCAAUGAGCUUUAAUUUAGUGCAGGAGGAAGUUAUUGCGAAUGUUAAAUCGGUUGCAAAACGUUUGGGUAUUAUCAAAGAUGAUCAAAGUGAUUAUGAAGAUGAUGAUUAG